AUGUCCUCUAAUCCAGAAAACAUCGGUAGCAAUGCUAACAAUAAUGCGAAUUCCGGUAAUGCCGGUGUAGCCGCAGCAGCUCAGCAGAAUUUGACGCUACAACCGAGACAGUUGCAAGAAAUGACCGCGAAAUUUAGAGCGUUACUCAUUGAAGCAAGAAAUGUAGGUGAAACAACUCCUAGAGGCAAAGAAUUGAUGUUUCAAGCCGCAAAGAUCAAACAGGUGUAUGAUGCACUCACCUUGAAUAAAAGAAGGCAACAAGCUGCACAAGCUUACAAGAAUGCUUCCAUGGGGAACGCGAACCCCAAUCCAAGUAACUUGGCUUCUCUUCCUACUGACAAGGCCCCAAAUCCAUCCCAGCAACAGCAACAGCAACAGCAACAACAGGCAAGGAAUAACAGCAACAAAUUCAGCAAUAUGAUAAAACAGGUACUCACUCCAGAAGAAAACCAAGAGUACGAAAAGCUAUGGCAGAAUUUUCAAGUUCGUCAUACGAGUAUCAAGGAGAGAGAAGCAUUUCUGAAGCAAAACGUUGAUAGAUUAGAACAAGAAAUAAAUAAACAGACAGAUGAAGGGACAAAGCAACAACUAGAAGAGAAGAAAAAUGAACUGCUCAACGAUUGGAAAGUACUAAAAAUCGAGUAUACUAAGUUGUUCAAUAGUUAUCAAAACAGUAAAAAAACAUUUUAUGUGGAGUGUGCAAGGCACAACCCAGCCUUACACAAGUUUUUACAGGAAAGCACCCAACAACAACGAGUGCAGCAGCAAAGGGCGCAGCAACAACAACAACAACAACAACUGCACAUCCAGGGUCAAAAUCAGGUGAAAACUUCCACCACCAAUUCUACUGAAACACCUUCUACAGCUGCACUUGACGCAUCGAAAGCACAGGAGCAGCAACAGCAACAACAUCAAAAUCCUCUUCCUGUUACCAAUACUCCUAAAGGGAACAUAAACGCUCCACAGACCGAACAAUCAAAAGCUAAGGUGACUAAUGUAAACGCAACCGCCUCUAUGAUGAGCAACGUAAGUGCGAAUAAAUCGGCGAUAUUCAAGCAGACAGAACCCGCAAUUCCUAUAUCUGAAAAUAUAUCUACAAAGGCGCCAGCGCCAGUAGCUUAUAGAUCCAACAGGCCUACGGUAACGGGUGGUUCUGCUAUGAAUGCCAGCGCCUUGAACACACCAGUAACGACUAAAUUGCCGCCCUAUGAGAUGGACACUCAGAGGGUGAUGUCAAAGCGGAAAUUAAGGGAGUUAGUGAAGACCGUUGGAAUUGAUGAGGGUGAUGGUGAAACAGUUAUUGACGGUGAUGUAGAAGACUUGCUUUUGGAUCUUGCAGAUGAUUUUGUUACGAACGUUACCGCUUUUGCUUGUAGGUUGGCUAAACAUAGAAAAUCAGACAAUUUAGAAGCAAGAGACAUCCAACUGCACUUGGAAAGAAAUUGGAACAUAAGAAUUCCUGGUUAUUCAGCUGACGAAAUAAGAAGCACGAGGAAAUGGAACCCUUCCCAAAGUUAUAAUCAAAAAUUACAGAACAUUACUUCUGAUAAAGUAGCAGCUGCGAAGAAUAAUAGUAAUAAUGUCCCAAACCUCAAUACCAAAAAAUAG